AUGCCUCUACCGAAAGAUAUCCUCAACGUAAAAGCCGGGGACAAACUCUCUGCCGAAUGGCACCAUACGCUGGAUUCCAAGCCCGAGACAGACAAGGCAGACCCCAUUGACCCUGGCCACUUGGGCCCUAUAAUGGUUUAUCUUGCCAAAGUCGACGAUGCCCUGACCACAAAGGUCACCGGCUUAAAGUGGUUCAAGAUUUAUGAAGACGGCAUGGAUGCAAAUGGCGAAUGGGCUGUUACGCGUCUUUACAACAAGAAGGGCUUGGUAGAUUUUGCCAUUCCUUCAUGCAUCCCGAGUGGACAUUAUCUUUUGAGGGCAGAAAUUAUCGCGCUACACGGUGCAGGCAGCUACCCAGGUGCUCAAUUCUACAUGGAAUGUGCGCAGAUCAAUGUUACAGGUGGCGGCAAUGCCAAUCCCCCUACGAUAAGCUUUCCUGGUGCGUACAAAGGUUCAGACCCAGGAAUCAAGUUCCAGCUGUACUGGCCAAAGCCUACAUCGUACAGUAUUCCUGGUCCCCGGCCCUUCACUUGUUCUGCUAAGCGCAAUUGA